AUGAUGAAGUUGUUGAUUUUGCUGAUCUUUUUCUUCCCCAAGAACGUGGUAUGCCAAGGUCCAGACCCAAGUGUUGGAGAGUUCAACUUCAACGGAUUACUAUAUGCUGCAGGAUCAGCCAAUCUAAACAACAACGGCCUAUUCAGACUAACAAAUUCUAAGACACUAACAUCUGGUCAAGUUUUCUACAAUUUGCCAUUGAGAUUCAAGGGCUCUCCAAAUGGUAACGUCUUCUCCUUCUCCACCACAUUCGUUUUCGCUAUAGUCUCAAAGGACAGAUCAGUUAUCAAAGGCCAUGGACUGGCCUUUGUCCUUUCUCCUACAAAAAGUUUGGUAAACGUUUCUGCCACCCAAUUUCUUGGACUCUUCAACAAAAGCAAUAUUGGAAACCCUGAAAAUCAUAUUGUAGCUGUUGAACUAGAUACAGUCCAAGGUCCUGAGGUCAAUGACAUGGAUGAUAAUCAUGUUGGUAUUGACAUAAACAGUGUAGUUUCAGAAAUAGCUGCUUCAGCAGGUUAUUACAAAGAUGAUGGUGCUUUCAGGAACUUAUCUCUUGCUAGUGGAGAUUCUAUGCAGUUGUGGGUUGAGUAUGAGAGUAAACAGAAACGUCUUAAUGUCACGCUUCAUCCUAUUAGUGUCCUUAAACCAAAGAUUCCACUCAUUUCUUUACAGAGAGAUCUUUCUCCAUAUUUUCUUGAAUCUAUGUAUGUUGGCUUCACCUCAUCCACAGGAACGUUUACUGCAUCUCACUAUAUAUUGGCUUGGAAUUUCAAGAUUAAUGGGACGGCUCAAGAUAUAGACGCUACUCUCCUUCCAGAAGUUCCCCGUUUUAAAAAGCCAUGGAUCCAAACUCCAAAGGGUGUUUUGACGGUUAGUUUGACUACAUCAGGCGUCACAUUACUCAUAGUCUUGACUCUCGGCUUGUGGCUUUUCUUGAAGAGGGAGAAGAUAUUAGAAGUUCUUGAAGACUGGGAGGUGCAGUAUGGUCCUUAUAAGUUUGCUUACAAAGAUCUACACACUGCCACAAAGGGUUUCAAGGAUAGUGAGCUUCUUGGUAAAGGAGGUUUUGGGAAAGUCUACAAGGGUACAUUACCAGUGAUUAUCCAUAGGGACAUUAAACCAGCCAACAUCUUGCUUGAUGGAGAUAUGAAUGCAAAACUUGGUGACUUUGGCCUUGCAAAGCUAUGUGACCAUGGGAUGGAUCCUCAGACCUCUCAUGUGGCAGGCACGUUUGGGUAUAUCUCACCUGAGCUCGCAAGAACUGGAAAUGCAAGUACAAGCUCUGACGUGUUUGCUCUAGGAGUGGUCAUGCUAGAGAUUACUUGCGGAAGAAGACCCAUAUUGUCACGAGCAUCACAUAGCGAGGUGGUGCUUACUGACUGGGUUCUAGAGUGUUGGGAGAAUGGAGAUAUAAUGCAAGUUCUUGAUCAGAAGAUUGGGCAGGACUAUCCUGAGGAGCAAGUGGAACUUGUUCUUAAACUUGGCUUACUCUGUUCACAUCCAGUAGCAGCCUUAAGACCAAACAUGUCCAGCGUCAUUCAAUACUUGGACAGUGUGGCUGAGCUUCCUCAUAACUUACUCGAAAUUGUUAAAGCUCGAGAAGUUCAUGGAGAUACUGAAGCAGCUGUUUCUCAUGAAUCUUGUUCCGUGGCACCCUUGUCAUUCACUGAAUCAUUUGUCUUUCAUGGACGCUAA